UCAGCAUGAACAGAGACAUGGAGCGAGUAGUCAUCCGCAACUCCCGAAUGAUAAAGGGGAAUGCUUCCAAUCACAAGCCUCCAAUUGAAGAUAACACCCUACUAAGAAAACUAGUCCAAUCAAUCAGUGGAUUGGUCUCCUCAGACAAAUGGCUGACCACACUCCACUUGGAAGGUCUCCUUUUGACCAAAGGACACAUUUCCUGUAUAUUUAAAGUAACUGUUUGUUGACUAAUUCAGUUUAUGAGGACAUCGGGGACUAAAUUAAAGUCUUUUUCCUUGGCUUACUGCAAUAUUGGAGAUGAGGGAGUGAAAGUUGUGUCUGAGGGACUUCUCGAGUCGGUGACUCAACUUAACCUGAGUGGAUGUGGGUUGUCUAAUGAGGGCGUGUCUAUGCUCUCUCAAGUCAUUCGAAGACACGAAGAGGCCUGGAAGGACACUCUCCGAUACCAACUUCCCAACUUUGAUAGAAUGAGUUGUCUCCGACGUCUCACUCUUAACGACAAUCCUCUUAUCGAUGAUGAGGGAGUGGGGAUAAUGGCCAAUACACUCGAGAGUAAUGUCUGGGUUAAGGGUGGGUCACUGUCCUCAUUUCUAGCCCUCGAUCUUCAGCGUUGUGGCAUAACUGUCCGGGGAGCUCAGAGUAUUCUUGACAUGCUCAGACUAAACACUUCUCUUUUAGUGGUUGACAUACGUGGCAAUUCAAUUAGUAUAUUUCUACUUAUUUUUUAGAUUCUUCAAUCCUCCAAGCCAUUCAAGAACAGUUGCAGAUCAAUUGUGGUAAUGGAGAG